AUGCAGCUCAAGCGAACUAUUACUCUGGCUUUGGCUGGCGUGGUUAAUGCUCAAAACCCAAGUUUGAGUGACGCCCUUAAUGCUCAGAACUCCAGCUUGUCCACGUUGAAUGGUCUUCUACAAAGCACCGGUCUUGGCGGCCAGCUCAGUCAACUGAGCAAUGUGACCAUCCUUGCACCUAACAAUGACGCCCUGAGUGCUCUUUUAAACAACUCCGAUGCUGCCGCCAGGCUCGCCGACAAUUCAGCUCUGGCUGCAUUGUUGAACUACCAUAUCCUAAACGGCACUCACUAUGCUGAUGCUUUUGGCAACACUUCUGCAUUCUUGCCGACAUACCUCACCAACCAGUCAUACACAAGCGUCACUGGAGGCCAAAGAGUUGAGGCCCGAACCUCAGAUGGCAACGUCACAUUCUUCAGCGCCUUGAAGCAGAACGCAACAGUUGUCACCGCCAACUUGAACUUCACUGGUGGUGUUAUACACAUCGUUGAUGGCGUUCUGAAUAUCCCUUCAAACCUGACUACAACACUCUCCAAUGCUAACCUCACGGCCGCAGCCGGUGCUAUCAACACUGCCAACUUGGAGGGUACCCUCGGUGGUUUGAGGGAUAUCACUGUCUUUGCUCCGAACAACGACGCCUUCAACGACAUUGGCAGUGUUCUUGCCAACAUCUCGACAGAAGACCUCGGAACCGUUCUCGGCUACCACGUUGUCGAGAACCAUGUUGCUUACAGCUCCGACUUGCAAAACUCAACUUUGACUGCGACCAACGGUGAUAAGUUGACCAUCUCCGUCAUCAACGGUACUGUUUAUGUUAACGCUGCACGCGUGACUGUUCCCGAUAUCUUGAUCAGUAACGGCGUUGUUCAUGUCAUCAACCAGGUCUUGAACUCCGACAACUCUACCGCUACUCCUGACACCACCGGCACUGGACCUGCUUACUCUGGUGCUUCAAGCGGUACCGCUGGUGUGCCAUACACCAGUGGUGUCGCUACUCCGACGACCACCUUCCCCGCUGCCACAUCAGGAGGUACUGCUGCUACUAGCACUAGCAAUCCUGGAAUGCCCAUGAAGACUGCUGCUGUUGGUAUGGGUGCCCUCUUCGGUGGCGCUGCCAUGCUUGCCAAUUUCUAA